AUGGCAGUCUCCAAAGUAUUAAACGCGUCAGCCUGGGUCGGCCCGGCAAAUUCUUCGUUGUCGACGUCUUCAUAUCGUUACCAUUUUCAGGAGUUUCGGAUUGCUGACGUGGCAAAAUUAUGUGCCGAUAAGGACGUCCCUCACAUGGUAAAUAACGCGUACGGGUUGCAGUGUGAAAGCAUUUGCAAAGAUUUGAAUAAGGGUUUCCUUGUUGGCCGAAUAGAUGCCUUCGUGCAGUCAACUGAUAAGAAUUUUAUGGUUCCCGUUGGUGGUGCUAUAAUUGCGGGCUUUGAUGAGGCAGUGGUGAAAGAAAUAGCUGAAAUCUACCCAGGUCGUGGUUCCUCAGGGCCAUCUGUUGAUUUGUUAAUCACGUUACUUUCCAUGGGCGUUGAUGGAUACUUGAACUUGUUGCUGAAACGAAAAGAGUGCUUCGAUUACUUGUUGGCGCUACUUUCCAACUGGACAGAGAGUAACGAAGAACGAAUCGUGCCUAGCACGAAUCCGAUUUCGAUCGCUGUUUCUCUGAAAAAGCUAGAUGAGAUAUCAGCCAAUGGCUCGAACAUGAUCACUGAACUCGGAUCGAUGAUUUUCAUGCGGAACUGUUCUGGUUGCCGGUACGUAGCGAAUGUAAAAUCAAGAUGCAUAUAGUG